AUGACGGAGGGGACUGUGGCGGCGGUGGAGAGGGAAAGUGAGUACAUCGGCGUGUGGCAGCAGUCGUGGGGCAGUUUGGCGGCGGAGAUCCAUGACCCGCACCUCGCUGUGCGCAAGUGGCUCAGCACCUUGGACACCAUUGAGGACGCCACACACGUCUAUGAUGUCGCCGCCAUCGAGUUCCGAGGCCACCACGCCAAGCUCAACUUCCCCGACGACAUGGUCCCCGUGCCCGCACCUUCUAGGGUGCCCACCUCUACAUACCACUACCACCACCACCUGCCGCAGCCGCUGCCCAAGAGUCUGCACAAGACCUGCGGGUCGAACGCAUCGUCGUCGGUGCACAUGGCUCCUGGAUGA